ACUUUGGAGCCUCUGGAGAGCAGUCAGGCACGUUUCAAAACACUGAGCCCUAGAGACUGGGUGCAAAGCCCAACCCAAGCCUUCUGGUGGAGAAUGUGUUGAGUAAAAAGAAACUGACUUAGGAGCUCCAGGGGAGAGCAGUCAGGCACGUUACAAAACACUCAGCCAUAGAGAUUGGAUGCAAAGCCCAACGCAAGUCUUCUGGUGGAGAACGUGGUGAGGGUGCACCAAGUGCUCCGGCGAUUGCUCAGGGCUGGUGCCCGACUGGGGUUGUCUGGGCCAUGGGAGGCCUGCGAGCUGCCGUCCUCCUCCUCUGGGUUGUGGCCGGAUGCUGCAUGCGAUCAGACUCGGCUCCAGUAGAGACUGAUCCGGCCGGAUUCCAAGCUUGCAAGAACGCCUUGAAACUCCCCGUCCUCGAGGUCCUGCCCGGCGGGGGCUGGGAUAACCUGCGCAAUGUGGAUAUGGGACGGGUGUUGGACUUGACCUACACCCACUGCAAGACCACGGAGGACGGGGAGUACAUCAUCCCGGACGCCGUCUUCACCAUUCCGCAGAAGCAGAGCAACUUGGAGAUGAAUUCCGAAAUCCUGGAAUCCUGGAUGAAUUACCAGAGCAGCACGGCCGCCUCCAUCAACACCGAGCUCUCGCUCUUCUCCAAGGUCAAUGGCAAAUUCUCUGCUGAGUUCCAGAGGAUAAAGACCCUUCAAGUGAGAGACCAAGCCAUCACCACCCGCGCGCAGGUCCGAAACCUGGUCUACACGGUCAAGAUCAACCCCACCUCCCAGCUCAGCCGGGAGUUCCAGAAGGAGCUCAUGGACAUCUGUGACCGGCUGGAGAACAACCAGACCAGGAUGGCCACCUACCUGGCUGAGCUCCUGGUCCUCAACUACGGCACCCACGUCAUCACCAGCGUGGACGCCGGGGCAGCUCUUGUCCAGGAAGAUCACCUCAAGUCCGCCUUCCUUCAGGACAGCCAGGGCAGUCACACGUCCAUCACUGCGGCUGCGGGAGUCACCUUCCUGAACAUUAUCAACUUCAAGCUGGAGGAGAACUACACUUCCCAGAAUUCUCUGACCAAAGGCUACCUCGCAAACCGCACCCACUCCAGGGUGCAGAGCAUGGGAGGGGUUCCAUUUUACCCCGGGAUCACCCUCCGAGGCUGGCAGCAGGGCAUCACCAACCACUUGGUGGCCGUGGACCGCACUGGCUUGCCACUGCAUUUCUUCAUCAAGCCCGACCAGCUGCCUGCCUUGCCUGGCCCCUUGGUGAAGAAGCUGUCGAAGACCGUGGAGAGUGCUGUGAAGCGCUAUUACGACUUUAAUACCUACCCGGGCUGCACCAAUGUCAACUCCCCCAACUUCAAUUUUCAGGCCAAUACAGAUGAUGGCUCCUGUGAGGGGAAGAUGACCAACUUCUCCUUUGGCGGGGUGUAUCAGGAAUGCACCCAGCUCUCAGGGAGCACGGUGAACCUGUGCCAACACUUAGAGCAGAAGAAUCCCCUCACGGGGAACUUCUCCUGUCCUUCCGGCUACCGUGCUGUCCACCUCCUGUCUCAGAUCCACGAGGAGGGUUACAAUCACCUGGAGUGUCAUCGCAAGUGCACCCUCUACAUCUUUUGUAAGACAGCGUGUGAAGAUGUGUUCCAAGUGGCGAAGGCUGAAUUUAGGGCUUUCUGGUGCGCAGCCAGUGGGAAGGUUGCUGACAACUCUGGACUUCUCUUUGGGGGUCUUUUCAGUAGCAAGAGCAUGAACCCCUUGACGAAUGCCCAGUCGUGCCCAGCUGGCUACAUUCCACUGAGCCUGUUUGAGACCCUCAAGGUCUGUGCCUCUCAGGACUACGAGCUGGGAUACAAGUUCUCAGUUCCCUUUGGUGGCUUCUUCAGCUGCGCCGUGGGCAACCCCUUGGUGAAUUCAGCUAUCUCCACUGACCUAGGCGGACCCUCUCUGCAAAAGUGUCCUGGGGGCUUCAGCCAGCACCUCGCCCUCAUCAGCGAUGGCUGCCAAAUCUCCUACUGUGUCAAGGCUGGAGUCUUCACCGGUGGCUUUUUGCCCCCUGCCAGGCUCCCACCUUAUACUCACCCACCUCUCAUGAGCCAGGCCGCCACCAACACAGUCAUCGUGACCAACAGUGAGAGUGCCAAGUCCUGGAUUAAAGACUCUCAGACCCACCAGUGGAGGCUGGGGGAGCCACGGGAGUUGCGGAGAGCCAUGACCAUCGUCCACGGCAACAGCGAUGGCCUGUCUGGAGGGGCAGCAGCUGGAGUCACCUUAGCAGUCAUGACUGCUGUGGCAGCUGCCAUUGCCUUGGUCAUCUAUGGCAUCCGGAAGUACAAGAAGAGAGAAUACCAGGCACUCCAGGAGGAGGAGGAAAGGCAGAAUUUUGCCACCUCUGGAGUUAGCCACAACCCAGAGCAAGGGCAAAGUCCCGCUUAAAUCUCUCCCAGGGGAAACCCUUCCAGGUCAUGUCAGACCCCUGUCUCUCAAGCAUGCCUUUCUUUGAUUACAGCUCUCUCUCAACUGUUACCUUCCCAAGUGUUGGAGGGACAAGGGCAACGAACAGCAAGUACCAAGUGGUGACUUCUUUAGCUUUGGAGGUGGGGAGGUAGGGUAAGGAAUGCAAUGUGUUCUGUGAGCAAGGGUGGGGAGAAGGAGAGGAAACAAUUGUGAUCUAUUCAUCAAAAUCCAUCCUAGGGGCUAACUCAAAAACAGGGUUAUCAGAUUGAUCACUAAUUGUCUCCACCUGAAUGCGUGUGUGUACAGAGGAAGAAAUGUAAACACCUGGAUUUGUAAAGUGCGUUUACUUCGGAGGCUUGAACUUGGAGCCUGGGUGCUGCCCCUGAGCCUCUUUGGGCCCUACCACUUGAGCCACAGUGCCACU